AUGUACAAAUUUUGGAUCCUGCCUUCGUUCCAGUUUCAAGCACCGUGCAAAGCUCCCUGGCCGCCUGGCCUCAGCUUGUUUCAGAUGUGCAGGUUUAAAAGGCUUUGCAUGUUCUUCGCCUCAUGUGUCUUGGGUUGGGACAACAGGGCCAAACGGACAAUUUUGCAGGGGAGCUCAUUGGCUCAGACUUUCACCCCAAAGGGUUACUGGGGCGCCAUGGAUGGCAAGGACCAUCUGGCGGCCCCGCUGCUUGGGAAGAAAGGACCUUCCUUAACACCUCUCUAUGCAGUCAGCCUACUUCGAACGACAGCAGUAGCCAUCGCUAUGAUCCCAGCCUUCAACUUGCGGGUUUCUGCGCUGGGCAAGGCGGCAGGCUACGACUCCGCGGCUGUCGCCAAUGCGUUGGGCCUUAUCACGGCCCUCCGGAGCUUCUCAGAAUUCACCGCGGCUCCGCUGCUGGCCUCCUGGUCGGACCGUCAGGGCCGGAAGCGGGCGCUGCUGAUGUCUUCGGUGGCCUUCGUCUUGGAAGCCGCGCUCAUCGCGGUCUCACCUGGGCUGCUGAUGAUGGGACUUGUUCAUGUCACAGCAGGAUUUUUGGCAUCCAAUGGCGCCAUUGAGACCAGCUGCAUCGCUGAUGCCACCCCUGCGGGUCCAAGACGUGCGGUCGCCGUGGGCCGCUUCUUGACGGUUGUGGGCGCUGCCUUGGUGUUGGGCGCCUUUUGCGGAGGCCUCUUGCUUGAGCACUGGGGUGGCCGCUCACCCUUUGCAUGCGCGGCUGUGCUGGCCUUUGUGGCAGUGCUGGCAUUGAUUAGCUUCGUGCCGGAAUACCUGCCACCUUCCCGCCGCUCCCAGACCUCCAAGUCGACACCUGCACUGGCAGCGUUGCAACUCUUAGUGCAAACUCCUUCCUUGCGCUGGUACGCGGCGGCCUCAGGACUCUUCAGUCUGGGGAUGGCGGUGUAUGGCACCGUGAAUGUCCUGUGGCUGAAGGAGGCCUUUGGAUGGAACGGGCAGGAUGUUGGCCAUUUCCUCUCGGCAGUUGGGGCGGCUCUUAUGAUCUCACAGGUUAUUUUCCUGCCCGUGCUGCUGCGUGUGGCAAAAGGGCGAGAAUCCUGGGUGGUACAAGGAGCAAUCGUGCUGCACGCCAUCAAGUUUGUCGGCUAUGCCUGGGCACCUCGUGGAUGUUGGGCCUAUGCAGUUCUAGCUGUCAGCUCGCCCACCUUUUGUGCAGCCCCCAUCCUCACAAGCCUUUGCACCAGGCACGUGCCAGCAACACAACAGGGUCUCUGGUCUGGGAGCGCCUCAGCCCUGUCAACUGCUGCCAAUGUCGUGGGGGCGCUGAUUGGCUCCCGGCUCCUAGCUUUGGCCCUCGACGGGCAUUUGCCCUUGGGGUCUCCACUUUAUGCAGGCACUGUGUUUCAUCUUAUGGCUGCGCUCUGUGUGGGCUGUGGGAGCCGCCUGCCUGAGAAGAAGGCGGAUGAGCCAGCUCCAGAGGACUCUGUCGCUGGUGCUUGA